AUGGACCCCUCCCAGCCAGUGCCCAAGCUCGGCGAGGCCGAGUAUAUCAAUUUUUCCAGUUUGCCCGCCGACGCAAGACACCCCGAUGGCUCGCUCGCACUAAACCGGUACUCGUCCAUCAUCACCCGAGGCCAUGACUUCCCGGGCGCACGAGCAAUGCUAUUCGCAGCUGGAGUUCCAGACAAACAUGCCAUGGCUACCAGCCCUCACGUUGGAAUCGCCUCAGUCUGGUGGGAAGGCAAUCCGUGCAACAUGCACUUGAUGGAUCUGGCGAAGACGGUGAAGAAGUCUGUCAGCGAACAGGGGAUGAUCGGCUGGCAAUACAACACCAUUGGCGUGUCCGACGCCAUCACCAUGGGCAGCGAAGGAAUGCGCUUCUCGCUGCAGACCCGGGAGAUCAUUGCCGACAGCGUCGAGACGGUGACCUGCGCGCAGUACCAUGAUGCAUGUAUUGCCAUCCCGGGAUGCGACAAGAAUAUGCCCGGCGUCGUCAUGGGCAUGGCCCGCCACAACCGUCCCUCGAUCAUGAUCUACGGCGGCACCAUCCAGAUCGGCUACUCGGAGCACCUGCGCAAGCCCAUCAACAUCUCCACCUGCUUUGAAGCUGCAGGUGCCUACGCGUACAACACCCUGCGCCAGCCGGAUGAUGGCGGCGAUACUAGCAAGACCCAGGAUGAGAUCAUGGAUGACCUGGAGAAACACGCUUGCCCCGGCGCAGGUGCCUGCGGUGGUAUGUUCACGGCAAACACAAUGGCCACGGCCAUUGAGUCGAUGGGCCUGUCCCUGCCGGGCUCGUCAUCAACACCUGCUGCCUCACCCUCGAAAAUGCGCGAGUGCGUGCGGGUGGCCGACGCCAUCAAGGUCUGCAUGGAGAAAAACAUCCGGCCGCGCGACCUGCUGACCAAGCGGUCGUUUGAGAACGCGCUGGUGAUGACGAUGGCGCUGGGUGGCAGCACGAAUGGCGUUCUGCACUUCCUGGCCAUGGCCCGCACGGCGGGCGUGGAUCUGACGCUGGAUGACUUCCAGCGAGUCAGCAAUAAGAUCCCGUUCAUCGCCAACUUGGCUCCCAGCGGCAAGUACUACAUGGCCGACCUGUACGAGGUCGGAGGCAUUCCGUCCGUCCAGAAGCUGCUGAUUGCGGCGGGCUUGCUAGACGGUGACAUCCCCACCGUCACGGGCAAGACCCUGGCUGAGAACGUGGCGUCCUUCCCUUCGCUGCCGGAGGAGCAGUCUCUGAUUCGUCCAUUGGACAACCCUAUCAAAUCAACUGGCCACCUGCAAAUCCUGCGUGGCAACCUCGCUCCCGGCGGAGCGGUCGCCAAAAUCACAGGCAAGGAAGGCCUGCGCUUUACCGGCAAGGCCCGCGUCUUCGACAAGGAAGCUCGGCUCAACGAGGCCCUGAACGAGGGGCGCAUCCCCCGCGGCGAAAAUCUGGUUAUUGUCGUGCGCUACGAGGGGCCCAAGGGUGGCCCGGGCAUGCCAGAACAGCUCAAAGCCAGCGCCGCGCUCAUGGGCGCCAAGCUGACCAACGUUGCCCUCAUCACCGAUGGCCGCUACUCCGGGGCCAGCCACGGGUUCAUUGUUGGACAUAUUGUGCCCGAAGCUGCGACUGGAGGCCCUCUUGCUGUGGUGCAGGAUGGAGACAUGAUUACGAUCAACGCUGAGACGAACGAGAUCUCGAUGGAUGUGCCCGAGGCGGAGCUCCAGGAGCGGCUGCGCCAGUGGAAGGCGCCGGCGCCGACUAUCACCCGGGGUGUGUUGGCUAAAUACGCACGAUUGGUGGGCGAUGCGUCGCAUGGCGCAAUGACGGAUCUUUUCUAG